AGAAGCUGCGCAACAAGAUCGCCGGGUACGUCACACACCUGAUGAAGCGCAUCCAGAGAGGGCCGGUCAGGGGGAUCUCCAUCAAGCUGCAGGAGGAGGAGCGCGAGCGCAGGGACAACUACGUGCCCGAGGUCUCGGCUCUGGACCAGGAGAUCAUCGAGGUCGACACCGACACCAAGGAAAUGCUCAAGCUUCUGGAUUUCGGCAGCCUGUCCAAUCUUCAGGUGACUCAGCCUCCCGUCGGCAUGAACUUCAAGACCCCCCGCGGCGUCUAGACAUUUGUAAUAUAUCUCUUAAUAAAAUUGUUUUGGAAAACCAA